CUAAUAUUCAGAAAUAUUCAAAACACAUGCUAAAGAUUUUCAAUAUGGCUCAUAUACAGUUUACCAUAAAAAAUAGUGAUAAAUCCUGCUUUUUUGAAAUCCUGGUGCGAAAUAUGGAGGAUUAAAUAACUUAUCUAAAUCUUACCAGCUUUUGUACAUUAAGAUAAGUUACUAAUUAAAAUAUCAUUCUAUAAAACAGAAAGAAUCUGUGACGUCAAUAAACUAUGAAAGUAAGAGAUGAAAAUCUAAAAAGUGUCUACAGAACAACAUGUAACCACAAAAAUUUCCUGCUAAAUACAAGAGAACUGAAGAAAAGAGCCUAAAGAAACUACCGUACUAUAAUUUGAAGUCAAUAGUGUUGAAUCAUAAAUCAGCUGAAGACUAAAAACUACAUUAAUCAAGAUAUGUUCUAGAUCCAAACUAAUCGUCGAGUACAAAAUAUGUUUGUCGAAGCAAAUUAUGAUCAUUAGAUUUACCGUUCAUGUUAUCUCCAACUGUAUAUAGGCUUACAUGUACCUGUAAAAGAAGUUAUUUUGAGAGAAUAGAAAGAAGGACCUGAGUCAGCCUAUAUAGGAUUUAUUUCAAAUAGAAUAAAAACUUUACUAGGCUCUGUUUCAAGACACCUAUUUGGUACAACCCAUCAGAUUGACACUUUACAACCUUUCAAGAUGCGCGAUAGACGAAGGUUUAUCAUAUGACGUAAAGGAUGGGAAAUUUGAAUUGAUCGCAAGCAAUGAAUCAGAUAAACUUUUACUUAAGGAAGGGCAACGUAGAGCUGCUUGGAUUGGUGCAUGCAAUCAUUCAGUGAGAUUAUUAUUUGGUUUAUUGACAACAAUGAUAAUUGGUUACAUAUCUGACCAUUUUGGCCGUCGUUUGUCAUUAGGUAUCAUGAUCAUCGGAGAAGCAUUACAAAUAAUCACACUGAGUGUGGUUGUUCUACUCCAAGCUAAUCCAUGGUUAACAGUUAUCCCUGGUUUAUUCGAUGGAUUUAUAGGAGGUGGUUUGUUAUCGAUUCAAGCACAAGUUUCAGCAUCAUUAACGGAUUUAGUGUGUAAAGAAUCAAUAGAUAAUAAUGAUGUAACAAAUAGUCAAUUAACUAAUCAAAAUAAUUUAUGGACUUUAUUCACUUGGUUCGAUGGACUUGCUUUAAUAAGUUUAUCACUUUCAAAUCCUAUAGGAGGUACCCUUCUUUAUCGAGGCGGUUUUCAACUACCAGUUAUCAUCUGUAACAUUUUGGUUGGGAUUAGUUUAUUGAUAAUAUUUUUUCUGCCUGAAUCGAACAUAGUAUUUCGUCCGAAAUGUUUAAAUAUAGACACUUUAAAUAAUGAUCAAGAUUGUAAAAACGAGAGUAGUAAUAUAGAGAUUGUUUUUGUACGUAGCAGAAAUUUAUCAUUUUGGGAAGUGAAUUGUCAAAAUAUUCAAAACAGUUUCAAGAUCCUAAGUGGAAAAUAUAAACAACACAUGCUAACUGGAUUUAUUGUAUUUUUGUUAUCUACUGUUACAUCAACGGAUUUGUAUAUUAUAUACAUAUAUCUAAUGGGAUAUCCAUUUUUAUGGAAUUCACAGGAUGUUGGAAUUUAUUCUGGUGUAACUGAUAUAGUUUCUGCAAUCAUCGCACUUAUUUUCACACUUUUAAUGGCUCGAAUCAUACAUAGACCAAUAUCAAAAUCAAGUCAUUCAAUCUCUCAGAAUAUAUCUGAUACGAAUGAUAAUUAUAAACAAUUUCAUAAAGUUAAAUGUCAGUCUGUCAAAUUCCUUUUAAAAAUACUAAUUUUCAGUAUUUUUAUGAUGUUCAUGAACCGAACUAUACUUGGUAUAUCAUAUCUGUUUAAUACAUUUACAGCUAAUACUUUAGUUUAUAUCGCUACCAUACCAAGAUUUGCUAAAGGGUUGAAUAAUCCAAUACUAAGAACCCUUAUAUCCAUGUGGACUGACCAGUCAAAGCAGGGUAUGAUACAUUCAUUUGUGGCGUUUGUAUCACGAUUGGGCGUACUUACUUGUUUUUCUGUAUUAAUUUCAAUCUAUUCUUCAACAACUGAUCUAUUCCCUGGUGCUGUAUUCUUGGUCUGUUCCAGUUUGAUAAUUAUUGCACUGAUAACAACUGGAUUUUUAUAUGGAUCAACCAAUAAAAAUAUGAAUAUCAAAAUAAUAACUAUCAGUGUACACGUUCAAGUAUCAUUUUUGAAAAGUUAUUUCGUAAAAUUACUUUGCAUUAUAAAACAAUCUGAACAAUACGAAAUAUUUCGGGAUAAGUUUAGUCAUUCUGCAGUUAAACUCAUUUUGUUCAUCAUCCAAACAAGAACAUUGAUAGUUUCACAGCCUGAUACAGGUCGUGUUAACGCGAAAUGUAAAUAUAUCAUGCUUCUUAUGAUUAUGACAGUCACAUUAUACCUAUCAAUUGAACUAUGUCUUUUCACAUCAGAUCAAUAUGUAUUUUACAAUGCUGUGACGGAACAAGGCCUACCAUAUUUAACACGUCAAGAAAGACAUAAAUAUGCAAAUCUAUCAGUUGAUGAUAAAAUAAAACUAAGAGCUGCACAAAAGAAAGCUGCUACACUAGAGUCUACUACAAAUGCAGUCAGAAUAACAUUAGGCUUAAUUUCAAUGUUAAUAAUUGGCUAUAUAUCAGAUAGACAUGGUCGUCGUGUUGCUAUAGGUAUUCUACUCUUUGGAGAAUUUUUACAUAUAACAACAGUGUCUUUAAUAGUAACAUUUAAUUUGAAUGUAUGGAUAUUACUCCUUGCUGGUUUUUUUGAGGCUUUCUUCGGUGGUGGUCUUUUAUCAAUUUAUGCUCAAGUAGCAGCAAUUGUGGUUGACAUAAUACGAAUUUCACACGCUAAAAAAGAUCUGACUGUUACGACAGAAAAGAUUAGCCAUGAUACAUGGAUUUGGUUUACUGUGUUUGAAUCUAUAGCUUUACUAUGUUCAUCAAGUGGCAGCCCGAUCGGAGGAACAUUAAUUUAUCAAUUUGGUUUCAACGCUGUGAUUAUCACAGGUGCAAGUUUAUUUGUACCAAGUUUAAUAAUUUUAUGCAUUUUCCCGGAAACCAAUAAUACAUAUGGAUCACCUAUUAAUGUUGAAGAUAAUAAAGACAAUGAUUUUAAUGAAGCUCAUACAAUUGAAAUUCAACCUGAAUGGAAAGAGAAAUUCAUUAUGCGAAUAAAAAGUGUAGGACAUUUGGAUCCAAUCUUAAUUGUAAUUAUAAUAAUUAUCGUACUCCUAGCGAUUGGUGCUAUGGCAGAUCUUCAUUACAUUGUUAUCUAUCUCAUGGGUUCACCAUUCUUGUGGAAUCCUCAACAAGUAGGAAUAUAUAUUGGUCUCAGUGAUUUCAUAUCAUCUGUUUUGGGGAUUACAUAUACAAUUAUUGUUGUUAAAAUUCGUGAACGAAAAAGUAUGAAACAAAAAUUAGAAACAAAUGGUAAUCAUACAUCUCAAGAAGAACAUAAAAAUGAUAAAUCACGAAUAGUAUUUUUACGGAAUAUGAGAUUAUUGAUCUUUACAUUGGCAGGUACUUUAUUAUUAAUGAUAAUAAACAAAAUAAUGAUGGGUAUUGCACAUCAGUUCACACAACAAACAGCAAGUACUAUUGCUUAUAUGGGAAUGAUUCAAUCAUUUGGAGGAUUCGUUGCUCGUAUUGGAUUCGUCAUUAGUUUUAUCAGCUUACCAGCUGUAUAUGCAGUCACUGUUACUAUAUUUCCUCCGAUUGUAUUUCUUGUUGUUAGUGGAAUCUUGCUUCUAACAAUCAUAAUUGAUCUGUCACUACUACCACUUCUGAAAACAAGCAAAGUUCAUCAUUAA